AUGGAAAAAACUCUUCUACCAAAUUUGGAUUGUAUUGACCAAAGUAAACUCCUGCUAGAUGGUUCUUACACAUUCCCUGCUUCUGCUGGUAAAGGUAUAAAUGUCUACAUUAUAGAUACUGGUAUUAACAUAAAACAUGUUGAAUUUGGAGAUCGUGCUAAAGUAGGAGGUAGAUUUUGUGAUGGUCCAGGUUGUGAUACUGAUAAUGAUGAUAAAGGUCACAGUAGUCAUAUCACUGGCAUAAUUGGAGGAAAAACUGUUGGUGUUGCAAAUCAAGUCAAUCUCAUUUCUGUCAAGAUACUUGAUGCAAAUGGUACCAGUAAUCAAGGCAAUGUCAUUGUUGGUUUGCAUUAUGUCCUUAAACAACACAUAAAAAGUUCAAACAAAAAUAUGGUGGUCAACAUGUCAGUAGACAGUGUUUAUCUUGCAGCUCUUAACAAUGUUGUUAAAUCAUUAACUGACACUGGUGCUCAUGUAGUAUCAGCUGCUAGUAACAAUGCUACUGAUGCUUGUUUCGUAUUGCCUGCCUCUGCUCCUGAAGCCAUAACGGUUGGUGCUCUUGAAGAAAAAACAGAUGUUCUUGCUAAAUACUCAAAUGUUGGAAAUUCAGCUCCACAUGUCUCAGGUGCAAUUGCUUUAAUCAUUGCUAAAGAAGGUAACAAAUCUCCUGCUGAAAUGGCCAAAACAAUUAUUAAUUUAUCAACAAAAAAUUUGCUUGACCCAAUGACUCUCAGUGGUACUCCAAAUAAUAUUCUUAGAAUCCCAGCACCAUGA